CGCCUCUUAUCUGCCUUCAGUGACAAAGUGUUCUAGAAAGUUUUGAAAUGAGUUUGAAAGUGAUUGCCAUCAUUUCUGUACUUGUCAUCCUUGUGAUUGAGCAGUCUGUAUCAGGUGUGUAUCUUCUAUACUGAUUUAUUUGUUUGCUCUUUCCAAAUAUACAUAUUUUGUCAAUUGACGAAUUGGAAUGCAUGAUAUAUUACAAUGUGUAAUGAUUGAUACCAUUACUACUGAGUUGUUGCUUUUUUAAAUAAAGCAUUUAUCUGAAAUGUGGGAUGCAUAGUUGUCAAUGGACAGGACAAAACAGCAAUUGAAUAUAUUGAUUGUCGUUUAAGUAUAUCUAAAAAUAGUUAUGUCAAUAACAAUAUGUACAUAAUUUAAAAUGUUAAUUUACAUAACGAUGAGAGGACAAGGGCUUUAAAGUAUAUGUUAUAUGAUAUCUAUCCUCUUGCAUACUGGUAUUAUUUGCAUAGAAAAACAAAUACAUUUUAUAUACUGUAGGCGAGCCAUUUAUGGAAAUAUAGAUUCUAAAAAUACCUAAAAGUAACUACUAACUACUAACUACUUGUGAAUAGUUGUUUUCCCAUCAUCUUUAGUGGAGGAACUGCUAUUAACCCUUUACUUUGCUAAUUGAAUCCAACCCUAUGGUUGAAUUAGAGUUUUAGGGCCACAUACAUUUAAUGCUGUUGUCUGGCUAAAACAAGGAAUCUACAUUCCAAAAGACAUUGUAAGCUACAUUUUCAGAAUGCAAAUAUACCGUAAAGUGUAGAAAGCGCACGCUCUGUAUUAAUCUUCCCUUUGGAUGUUGUUCAGGAAUCCUGCACUCAAUGAUCUUUGCAGGAUCCUGUACAGCAAGGGUGCCCAAAAGGUAGAUCCCUCAAUGUUGUAAAACUACAGAUUCCAUAAUGCUUUGUCAUUCUAAAGGCAUGCAAAGCAUCAUGGGAGAUGCACUUUUGGGCACUCCUGCUGUACAGCAUGGAAUGGGGUAAGUGAUGGAUAUAAUUUUAUGGUACAUCUGUGCGAGGAAGUGACACUGUAAAGAGUUUUGCUGAGAAAUUGUUUCUCCGUUGGGUGAAGACCCAUUCUGAAGUGGAAUGAAGGUUAAUUGUAAAUCUGUAAUCAUUUUUAAUUCACACAGUGUAGGCAGUGAAUGGGGUUGACCUAUCUAUUUUUAGUAAAACAUGGAAUUCCUAGCUCAAUCAAUGUAACCAAAUGUGAUGAUCAAUUAAAAUCCUUAUGGCCAUAUGUUACCAAUCCAGUAAUGGGUGGAGACAAUGUCAUACUGACAUUACUGUAUUUUGCAUUUUUUAUAUCAGUAUUCAAACAACAGAAACUGUACAAUAUUUGUAUCUAUUUUCUUUGCUAUAACUACACUUUUGCAGUUAAUUUGUUUGGUGGUAGGAGAUUGGAUGAUAUAAUGGCAAAGAUUAAAUCAGUAAAUCAUGUCUUUUCAGUGACUACUGACUUUUAUGCUGCUGAAUGCCAAUAGUGUGUUUAUACUUUAUGCAACAUUUUUAAAGUCUUUGUACUUACAGUAAAUAUCAUAGUGAUAAUACAAUAUAUUGUUUGUUACCGUAGGCUUCACUCUAGAUCCAGCCAGAUCAGGUCGGAAAUGUAAAUGCUUGAAAGAGACAAGGAGCUUCAUUUCUCCUGAUCAGUAUGAAAAGGUGGAAAUUUUCGCUCCUGCAAGUAAUUGUCCAAAAGCUGAAAUCUUGUAAGUGUACAUCUGUAAUUAGUAGUUUCCCCUGGAAAGAGUUGUCAACGCAUUGCUGUUUCUUCACAGCCCUCAUGUCAUCCUUUCCCUUCUGCUUUUCUUGUGCCUUAAUACAAACCUCUCUCCCACCUAAGGUUGCCAGAAUUCCAUAUUGUUUCAGGGCACUUGUGAAUUCUGCAUUGUCCCAGGCAGGAAAAUGCUUCAUUGUGUGUGCUAAUGACAGCUGCAAUCCCAAAGGAAUGGCUGUGAUUAGCUAAUUGAUUUUACAUUGGGAACUCAUGAGGUUCACAUAUUGGGGCAGUACUUUCAAGCCAGAGGCGGCUCUCUAAUUAGGCAAUUUAGACGGCCAACUAAGGCCUCACGCUGUGGCCUUAUUACUGUGUCACCCCUCCUGUCACCCUCCUCUCACACUCCCACACUAUGUCACCCCGCCUCACCCUUUCACGCCCUCACACCCUGUCAACCCCCCACACUAUUUACUCUGUCUCUCACCCUGUCAACCCCCCACACUAUGUCACCCCCUCUCACUAUGUAACCCCUCCACACUGUCAUCCCCCUCACACUAGGUCAACCACCUCUCAUUGUCACCCCCCCUUUCACUCUGUCACCCCCCUCACACUAUGUCACCCUCCCUCUCACUCUGUCACCCCCCACACACUGUCACCACCACACAGUCACCCCCUACACUGUCACCACCCCUCUCAUUCUGUCAUCCCCCUUCUCACUCUGUCACACCCCUCUCAUUCUGUCACACCCCUUACACUAAUGCAACCCUCUCACACUAUGUCACUCCCCUCUCACACUAAUGUCACUCCCUCUCACUCUGUCACCCCCUCUUACUCUGUCAACCUCCUCUCACACUAUGUCACCCUCUCUCUCACAUUAUGCCACCCCCUCACACUGUCACUCCCCUCCCAUUCUGUCACCCCCUCACACUAUGCCAUCCUUCCUCUCACUCUGUCACCCUCCCCCCCACAUUAGGUCACCCCUCACACACUGAUGUCACCCCCUCUCACACUAUAUCACCCCCCUUUCACAUUAUGUCACCCCCUCUCACACUAUGUCAACCCCUCCCACACACUAAUGUCACCCCGCUCUCACACUGUCACCCCUCUCACUCCAUCACCGCCUCUUACUCUGUCACCCCCUCACACUAUGUCACCCACCCUCUCACACUGAUGUCACCCCACCUCUCACACUCUGUCACACACUCUGUCACACACUCUGUCACACACUCUGUCACCCCCUCCAAACACACUGUCAUCUCUCUCCGCACACACUGACACCCCUCUUUGCACACACUGGCACCCCCCUCCAUACACACUGUCACCCCUCCACACUCUGGCACCCCCCUCCACACUCUAGAACCCCCCUCCACACUCUAGAACCCCCUCCAGACUCUGGCAACCCCUCCAUACACAUUGUCACCCCCUCCAUACACACUGUCACCCCCCCUCCAUACACACUGUCAAUCCCUCCAAACACACUGUCAACACUCUCCACACACACACUGCUACAUUCACCCUAUCACAUUAAUCCCUUAAUCAUGUCAUACAUACCUCCUCUCACCCUGUAACACUCUCUCUUCAAACCAUGUCACACUCACCCUCCCUCAUUUGGCACACUCAAGCCCCAAUCCUGUCUUAUUCACCCCCUUGCUCUUUUACACUCGCCCUGCCACAGUUACCCCUUUACUCACCCUGUUACCCACUGAAGGCAAUCAUUAUAUACACCAUCACAAAACAUAGCUUCAUCAAAAACUCAGUGCCCAAAGGCCACAGGCAGUACACAAACAUAGACAUGCUCAGAGAAACAUACAUCCACAUACAAGGAUACUCACUGUCAGACACACACUCUCAGGCACACACACAGGUAGAUAAUGCAAGACACACUCAGAAAUACACACAGCCAGAUAAAUACACAUUGUGACUGAUUUUUUUAAAAGUACAACCAAAAUAAAAAUAUCUGUUUUCAGUGACCCCCUCACACCAGCACAUGGUGUUAGUGGGGGCGUCAUGUUUGAGUUUUGCCUAAGGCCUCACCAAGUCUAGAGCCGCUAUUGAAAUUCAAGCAAUGUAAAAAAAAAAAGCAAAAAUCUCAAGUGUCUGCAAAAAUGUGGUGAUCUGACAACCCAGUGCCCAGGUUUUCACUUAGGAAACAGACCUUUUAUUCUUUCCUACUAUGUUUACAAUCUCAUUUUCCUCAUUGUAGACCUCCCUAUUUAGGAUGGAUAGUCCCUAUUUUGGGCCCAACCUGCUUCCUCUUUCUCGCUUCAUUAACCUGCCUCCUCUCUCCCUUCCUUAAUCCGGCCCCUCUCUCUCCGUUACUCAGCCUGCUUCCUCCUUCUCUCUCCAUUACUCAGAGGUGUACCUAGAGCAUUUGGCACCCGGUGCAGAUCCUGUGUUUGGCACCCCCCACCCCGCCCUCUCCCAUAAAUUAUUUUUAAAACACCCACAAAAUUUUCAAAUGUUUUUUUUUAUAUAUUGCACAAAUUCGUAAACUUUGUAAUACCCCUGACAUAUGCCUUCUACAAAACCCCUGUCCUGCCCAGCCCCCCUCCUACAAAAUCCCUGUCUUGCCCCCCUUCAACAUACACCUGUACUGCCCCCUUCAACAAAACCCCUGCACCACCCUUCCACAAAUCCCCUGCUCAGCCCUCCAUAUAAAAGACCCCUGUUCCAAUACAAAACCCCGGCCCCGUUCUACAAAAUCCCUGCACCAUCCACACACACAGUUACAGGCAGGCAAGCACACAUUUAUGGGCAGACAGUCACACACACACAGUCACAGACAGGCAGUCACACACACAGUUACAGGCAGCAUCACACAACCACAGGCAGACAGUCACACACACACAGUCACAGACAGACAGUCACACACACAGUUACAGGCAGCAUCACACAAUCGCAGGCAGACAGUCACACACACAUAGUCACAUGCAGACAGCCACACAUACAGUCACAGGCAGUCACACACACAGUUACAUAGUUACAUAGCUGAAAAGAGACUUGCGUCCAACUGCUUUCUCUCUCUCCCUUCAUCAACCUAAUUCCUCUCUCUCCCUUCCUCAAUCUGUUCCUUUUCUUCCCUUCGAUAUCCUCCUGCCUUUGUCCUUUUGCAUCAUGCUCUUUUGCACCUUGCUUACAGUAUCACAUUUUCAUUAUAUUACUUCUUCCUUCUCACCUCCUUUAUUUAUCUCUCUCUAUGUCCUUCUUUCUACUCCCCCUAUCUCUUCUCUAUUUGUCUCCAUUUGCUUUUUCCACUCGCUACCUUUGAGUAACCUAUAACCUUUUAAUUUCCUUCCAGGAUAACCCUGAAAACAGGUGGAAUGGUGUGUCUUGAUAUAGACGCCAAGUGGGUUAAAAGACUUAUAGAAGCUCUAAUUGCGUAAGUUGAUUCCACAUUAUAGGGUUCUCUAUAUGUUUUUUUUUUUUUUUAAUUAAAAUGAUCUAUGCUAAAUUAAAUUGCUAUUUGGCCCAACCCCACCCCCCACAUUGAAAUGCUGAAAAAUAAAACCUUUAAAAUGUACCUGUAAUCAGCAUCAGGCAAAGCUUUCGGCGCCAAUCUCCCACUUCCGUCUGACGUCAGCAGGAGCCUCACAUGGUUCUCAUAAAAAAGCCUGUGAUUGGACUGUUUCGCUAGCUCAGAGCACAUGCACGUGCUCUUGGACACCGAGGGAAUGGAGAUAGUAAGUGGGGGAAUGCGCCAUUGAGGGAAAUUAGAAAAAAAUGUUUUGCAGGGAAGCAGGGAAGCUGGGAGCACUUACUAAAUGAAGGGAAGGGGAAUGGAGAACGAACUUCCCCUUACAGGCUCUGCAUUUUAACUCACAUCAGGCAGCCUGAACAGAGUUCAUACAGACUCCUACCAACAUGACCACUUCAAAUCGCUAAAGUGAUCGUGGUGGCUGGUGUAAUCCUUUAACAUAAAAUACAAUUGCAUAGCAACUGCUUUGACUUUAACAUUUAACUAACCUCAUCAUUCAUUUUCUGGGUGCAUUCAGCAUGAGGAAAAUUAAAUGGUUAUUCUAUACACCAUGAAAUUCAGCGUUUUGAAGUGGUCUCUGUGUUUGGAGGCUGUAUGUGCAGUGUUUUUAGUUUGAAAUGCUGCAUAUAUUGAGUUAUGGCAUAUUGCUGUCAGUGGUAUACCUCCACCUCCAGGAGUGUCAUUAGCAGCCCGAGAGUUCUGGGUUGGAUAAUAAUAAAUCUGUGCAUGCUUAGCAACUAUUAGCAGCAUGACCAAGUCCUCCCAUCAGCCCAUCCUUCGGGAUGCCCUCAUCUUGCUGUAAAGAGAAGUGACAUCAUGGGAGGAUUGGGCUGCAGUGUGAACUUGGCAAGGGAUCACAGGUAAUGUUACCCUUAAUUUCUUUUUUUCGGGAGGUCCAUGCCAGUAAGGGUUACUCUAACCAAAAAAAAAGUGUUUUAAAGAACACUGUUUAUGGUUGGAGUAAACCUUUAUAGCCCCAAGAAACAUUUGGUUAAUUAUUCCAUGAAUUAUUCCUUUAGAAGGAUAGCACCACUCCGUUCACUUAAAAAAGAGAUGUAAUGUCAUGCAAUAAAUGUAUGAGUAUAAUAAAUGUAAGACCUUGACCAGUAAAGAUAACACAAAAUCAAUUAAAAGUGGCCUAGUGCAUAUUUUGCCAGCAUUUUUAUGACCUCAUGUUGCAAUUUUAUCUAUAUUGCCCCAUGCUUUGCAUAUAGAGCAUUAGUUGAUAUUGUUUAGAUCAUUAUCUACUUAAUAUUUUUUCAGUUUGUUCUAGAAUUAUGUAGUAGGCAUCAUAUUUAUUUAUUGCAUAUUUAUUCCAGUGGUACAGUCUUGCUGUUAAAAUUUUAGAAAACGAUUUUAUUAUAUUAUAUUUUAUAAGCUAAACUAUUCAUAUUUUCUUUUAUAGGAAAAAAGACAAAGUUAAGUCACAGAAAACAACAAAAGCAUCCAUUAAAAAGAAUUAAAUGACCUGACUAAAUACAUUUAUUUUACAUUGUCUUUAACCAUCUAACAGCAUGUAUUAGAUACUGUGAUACACAAACAGUCUUUGGUUUAGACGUCUCUGUAAACCACGUAUUUCCUUUAAUGUUUUAAACAGACAGUUGACCUGUUAACAUAGCACAAUAUCUUUCUAGGGCCUCGAUGUAAUAUUUUGGGAUAAGCUUUUGAACUGAUUUCAUAUUUCUGGGGAAACUUUUAAAAUGAUUUUUUAGUUUGAAAAAUAUUUUAAUAUUGUAAUAUCUUUUUAUAUAUUGGUCUAUUUAUUUAUAUAUGAUUUAAAAAAAAGAUUUAGUAUUUCGAAAAAUUAAUUUUAAAAGCUUAUCCAAAAAUAUUAAAUCAUUUAAAAAUGUUAUCCAAAAAUAUUAAAUCGUGGCCAAAGUAAGCCAGAUUACUAGUGAAAAUCACAAAAUCAUUGGACUUACAAAGAAAUUUAACGUGACUAUCACAAUAACGUAACAUACUUAUCGUACACUUGCCCUUCAACUUCAAUUUCUGUACCAUUUUUUCAUGAACUAUUCCAAUACUCAUCUAUUAUUUUCUAGAUAAACGAUGUGCUACAGAUAGGAUCAUAGUGUUAUCCCAUGCUUAAGACAUGGGAAUUUGCCUCUAAAUUCUGUUUUUCAGCCUUGUGUAUAAGAUUAAUUAUACAGUACUUUCUUUGAUAUUGCGCGUUUAGAAACUGGUACCUCAAAAUGUACUGUAGACAUUUGUUUCAUCCGAAUUUGCAAAAUCUGUUGGUGCUAUAAUAAAAAAAGAACCUACUGGUGUUUUACGGAUGGGAAACUCCUAUACUGCUCAAAUAGUUGGUGGUGUUAUCAUCUACCACCUUACUUCCAUCUUACUUUUCAGGCUGAUGUAUGUACAUGUGUAUCUUUCCCUGUUUCUAACUGAUGAACCAAAUGUAAUAAACUUG